AUGGUCACUCAUCUUAAGUUUGUCACGCUUGAUGUCUUUACCACCACACCAUUCAAGGGCAACCCCCUCGGCAUUGUUCAUCUGCCUCCAGGGUCACAUAUCUCCCAAACCCAGAAACAGACCAUUGCUCGAGAAUUCAACCUCUCCGAGACAGUUUUCGUACACGACGUUGACCCAAGCAACGAUUCCGACCCGCACAGCCGCCGCAUCGACAUUUUCAUGACGUCCAGGGAGCUUCCCUUUGCGGGUCACCCUACUAUCGGCACAGCCAACUACCUGCAUGUGCAGGGCAUCAAGAAGCUAAUAACUAAGGCCGGCCCCAUUCCCAUCCGUUUCAGCUCGGAAGAAGGCAUCGUCAGCGCGGCUAUCCCGCAUGACACGCAUCUCAACUCAAGAGUCUUUGGCGACAUUGAAUCGACCCUCCGCGUGGCUUCCUUGCACCCUACAUCUGAGAUCCGCUCUGCAGAACUCGAAGCUCCGCUUUUCAGCAUCGUCAACGGCAUGACGUUUGCCCUUGUCUGCCUCCCGUGUCUGGACCUCUUGUCCAAGGUCUCCCCGGGCGCAUUCCCCUGUGCGCCGCGGGACGUUAUCGACGCAGGGUGGAGCGAGACCUUCAUUGCACGGUAUUACUAUGUCCUCAUAGGGACGAGCCUGUCAGGUUCAGGCGCGAGGACGGUUAAGUUGAGGACGAGGAUGAUGGAGGAAAGGAUAGAAGAUUCAGCUACCGGGUCGGCAGCGUGCGCAUUGGCGAGUUUUCUUGCGCUCAGGGAGUACAGUGAGACUCAGAUUUUGUUCGAAAUCACACAGGGCGUUGAGUUAGGGCGGCGGAGUGAUAUUGUUGUCGAGGUUAGGGUUGAGGUUGGAGAGGAUGGGAAAAAGAGGGUGAAGGAGGUGCAGCUAGGGGGGAAAGCGAGACAAAUUAUGGAGGGUACGCUUGUCGUACCGCCUGUUUAA